CCAAAAAAGAAAAGAAAGUUGAUUCCAAGGAACAAUUGAGGGGAAAACAGUUAUAAUCCUGUCUGUCUUUGAGCUGAUCCGCGUCUUGAACUGUGAGUGAGGAUUUUUUUUAUAUUGAGUGAAACCUGAUCUGGAAAAAAAGCUGCAGAGAGAGAGGGAGAGAGGGAGAAAAAGGGGCCAAAACAGCAAGGAGCGAGUUUCCCAGGAUGGGGAUACAGUGGUGUUGGAAGUUGCUGCUGGGAUGUAUGGCGCUAACAGGGAUCGCAGUGGAGAAAGCCACAGGACAGAAGUAUCCUUCCAGAGGCUUUGAAGCCCAACGCUUCAACCCAGAUGAACUGAGGGACGCAACCAACCGAGUGAGGAGACGAGGACAACAUGACACUCUGAGAGGGCCGAAUGUCUGUGGAUCUCGAUUUCAUUCAUACUGCUGCCCGGGAUGGAAAACAUUACCUGGUGGAAACCAAUGCAUUGUCCCUAUUUGCCGCAAUAUCUGUGGCGAUGGAUUCUGUUCACGUCCCAACAUGUGCACUUGCUCCAAUGGACAUAUCUCACCAACUUGUGGAACUAAAUCCAUUCAACAGUGUAACAUCAGGUGCAUGAAUGGAGGGAGCUGCGCAGAGGACCAGUGUCAGUGCCAGAAAGGAUAUAUUGGAACACACUGUGGACAGCCUGUCUGUGAAAAUGGGUGCCAGAAUGGUGGCCGGUGCAUUGGGCCUAAUCGUUGUGCCUGCGUGUAUGGAUUUACUGGCCCACAGUGCGAAAGAGAUUACCGAACGGGUCCCUGCUUUACCCAAGUGAACAACCAGAUGUGCCAGGGCCAGAUCAGCGGCAUCGUCUGCACCAAAACCCUCUGCUGUGCCACAGUGGGCCGUGCCUGGGGCCACCCCUGUGAAAUCUGUCCCGCUCAGCCACACCCCUGCCGCCGAGGCUUCAUCCCCAACAUCCGCUCUGGUGCUUGCCAAGAUGUGGAUGAAUGUCAGGCCAUCCCAGGUCUUUGCCACGGUGGAAACUGCAUCAAUACUGUUGGCUCCUACGAGUGCAAAUGUCCCGCUGGUCACAAGCAGAGUGAACUAAGUCAGAAAUGUGAAGAUGUGGAUGAAUGCAGCACCAUCUUUGGUUCAUGUGAUGGAGGCGAGUGCACGAACACAGUUGGCAGCUUUUACUGUUCCUGUCCACAUGGCUAUGUAACAUCUGUUGAUGGUUCCCGAUGCAUUGAUCAGAGAGCUGGUACCUGCUUUUCCAGCUUGGCUAAUGGACGCUGUGCCCAGGAGCUGAAUGGACAAUAUACCAAGAUGCAGUGCUGCUGUGAGUCUGGACGGUGCUGGGCACUUGGUUCUGUUCCAGAGAUGUGCCCGAUCAGAGGAUCAGAUGAAUAUCUCAGGCUUUGCAUUGAGGGAGCUCCCGCCGUACAAGGUGGUCCACACCAUGGUCCAGACACCAGACCCGGGGGAAACGGAUUUCACCCAGGAAUUGUACCUGGAUUUGGGCCAGGUGGAGGAGGAUUUGGUCAAGGAUUUGUGCCUGGACAAAGACUUGUUCCUGGUCAAGGAUUUCUUCCAAGCAGAGGUCCAGGGUUUAACGGAGGGCAAUUUCCAAGAAUUAGCACUGCUACAGUCAACGAAACAUCUGUGGACAUCUGUAAGCAUUUCACCAAUCUCUGCUUGAAUGGACGCUGCAUCCCCACACCUUCAAGUUACCACUGUGAAUGCAACAUGGGCUUCAAGCAGGAUAUGCGUGGAGUAUGCAUUGAUGUUGAUGAAUGUACAUCAAGCCCGUGUACAAAUGGUGACUGUGUUAACACGCCUGGCUCCUACUACUGUAAAUGUCAUACUGGUUUUCAGAGCACCCCCACCAAACAGGCCUGUAUCGAUAUUGAUGAGUGUAUUCAGAAUGGACUCCUUUGCAAGAACGGUCGCUGUGUGAACACAGCUGGAAGUUUCCAGUGCAUUUGCAAUGCUGGCUUUCAGCUGACUCCCGACGAAAAGAAUUGUGUUGAUCACGAUGAAUGUGCCACCACCAACAUGUGCCUGAAUGGCAUGUGCAUCAAUGAGGAUGGAAGCUUCAAGUGCAUCUGUAAACCGGGCUUCGCUCUGGCUCCCAAUGGACGUUACUGCAUCGACACUGAUGAAUGCCAGACUCCAGGAAUCUGCAUGAAUGGCCGCUGCAUCAACACGGAAGGCUCAUUCAGGUGUGAGUGCCCCCCAGGUUUGGCUGUCGGUGUGGAUGGGCGCGUCUGUGUCGAUACCCACAUGCGGAGCACGUGCUAUGGAGGAAUUAAGAAAGGACUGUGUGUCCGCCCAUUCCCUGGGGCAGUCACCAAGUCGGAGUGCUGCUGUGCUAGUCCAGACAAUGGCUUUGGAGAGCCCUGCUUUCCGUGCCCAGCGAAAAGCUCAGAUGAAUUCCAGGCCCUGUGCAGCGGUGGAAUUGGUAUAACAGCUGACGGAAGAGAUAUCAAUGAGUGUGCUCUGGAUCCGGAUAUUUGUCUCAAUGGAAUCUGCGAGAAUCUUCGAGCCAGUUACCGGUGUAUCUGCAACAUUGGUUAUGAGUCUAGCCUCGGAGGGCAGAGCUGUGUGGAUAUGGAUGAAUGUGCAGUGAACAGGCUUCUGUGCGAUAACGGCCUCUGUCGCAACACGCCAGGGAGCUACACCUGUAGCUGCCCUCAGGGCUACCUUUUCAGCCCUGACUCGGAAACAUGUGAAGAUGUUGACGAAUGUAAGAGCAGUCCAUGUGUGAAUGGUCUGUGCAGGAACACAGCAGGUUCUUUUGCCUGUGAGUGCUCACAGGGCAGUAAACUGGAUCCAAGCAGAACAAUCUGCAUCGACAGUGUAAAAGGCACUUGCUGGAUGAAUAUCAAGGACAAUCGCUGUGAAGUGAACAUCAAUGGAGCUACACUGAAGUCGGAAUGCUGUGCUACUCUGGGAGCUGCUUGGGGCAGUCCCUGUGAACGCUGUGAACCAGAUACGACCUGCCCAAGAGGAUACGCAAGAGUGAAAGGUGUUGCCUGUGAAGAUGUGAAUGAAUGCAAAGUUUUUCCAGGUGUUUGCCCGAAUGGACGGUGUGUGAACACCCAGGGGUCCUUCCAGUGUGAGUGUCCAGAAGGGCUGACAAGGGAUGGCACUGGGCGUAUGUGUGUGGAUAUCCGUCUCGAGCAGUGUUACCUGAGGUGGGAUGAAGACGAGUGUACCGAGCCAGUGACCGGCCGAUUCCGAAUGGACGCCUGCUGUUGUUCGAUUGGAGCUGCCUGGGGUCUGGAUUGUGAUGAGUGCCCAACACACGGCACUAAAGAAUAUGAGUUACUCUGCCCAAGAGGCCCUGGAUUCGCCAACAGGGGUGAUAUUCUAACAGGCAGACCAUUCUACAAAGAUGUCAAUGAAUGCAAAGUAUUCUCCAACAUCUGCAGCAACGGGAGAUGUAGGAACACCAUUGGCAGUUUUAGAUGUCGGUGUGAGAACGGGUUUGCCCUGGAUAUGGAGGAGAGAAACUGCACAGACAUUGACGAGUGUCGCAUCUCUCCGGAUCUCUGCGGCAACGGAACUUGUGUCAAUAAACCCGGCAGCUUUGACUGUGAGUGCUUCGAAGGCUUUGAGAGUGGAUUUAUGAUGAUGAAGAACUGCAUGGAUAUUGAUGAAUGUGAGAGGAACCCUCUGCUGUGCCGAGGUGGCACUUGCAUCAACACAGAGGGCAGUUAUACGUGCCUGUGUCCUCCAGGACAUGAGCUUACUUCAGACGGUAGUGCCUGUGUUGAUAUCAAUGAGUGCUCCCUCAGUGAUAAACUCUGCAGAAAUGGCAAAUGUGUGAAUAUGAUUGGAACCUACCAGUGUGCGUGUAAUCCUGGGUACCAAGCCACCCCCGAUAGACAAGGAUGUGUUGAUAUCGAUGAAUGUACCAUCAUGAAUGGAGGCUGUGACACAGACUGUACAAAUUCAGAAGGCAGCUAUGAGUGCAGCUGUAUUGAAGGUUAUGCACUCAUGCCAGAUAAGAGAACCUGCACAGAUAUUGACGAAUGUGAGGAUAACUCUGAGAUCUGCGAUGGUGGGCAGUGCACCAACAUCCCCGGGGAGUACCGCUGCCUGUGUUACGAUGGGUUUAUGGCAUCCAUGGACAUGAAGACUUGUAUUGAUGUGAACGAAUGUGACUUGAACCCUAAUAUCUGUCUCUAUGGCGACUGUGAGAAUACCAAAGGUUCCUUCAUCUGCCAUUGCCAGCUGGGAUACUCUGUGAAGAAGGGAACAACUGGAUGUACAGAUGUUGAUGAGUGUGAAAUCGAGGCCCACAACUGCGAUAUGCACGCUUCUUGUGUUAACAUCCCUGGAGGCUUCCAAUGCAACUGCCGUGAUGGAUGGAUCGGAGACGGCACCAGUUGUGUGGAUCUCGAUGAGUGCACCAAUGGUACACAUCAUUGCAAUCUCAAUGCCAAGUGCAUGAACACUCCUGGAUCAUACCGUUGUCUGUGCUCAGAAGGCUUCAGUGGGGAUGGCUUUACAUGUUCAGAUGUGGAUGAGUGCGCCGAAAAUGUUAAUCUGUGUGAGAACGGCCAGUGCCUCAACACUCCUGGAGGGUACCGGUGUGACUGCGAAAUGGGAUUCACGCCAGCCUCUGGCAGCAGGUCCUGCCAAGAUAUCGAUGAAUGUUCAUUCCAGAACAUAUGUGUGUUUGGGACCUGCAAGAACUUGCCUGGCAUGUUUAGGUGCGUCUGUGAUGAUGGCUAUGAACUUGAUCGAAGUGGAGGUAACUGUACAGAUGUCAAUGAGUGUGCCGAUCCAGUCAACUGUAUCAACGGCUUCUGUGUCAAUACUGCCGGGGGUUACCUGUGCAAUUGCCCAGAUGAUUUUGAACUUAAUCCGACUGGAAUUGGCUGCGUUGAUACUCGUGUUGGUAACUGUUUCCUGGAGCACAGUACUCGUGGUGAUGGUAGCCUGUCCUGUAGCGUUGACAUUGGUGUUGCUGUCACUCGGGCUUCCUGCUGUUGCUCUUUGGGAAGGGCUUGGGGUAACCCUUGCGAGCUAUGCCCUCCUGUCAAUUCAACUGAAUACAAAACCUUGUGCCCAGGAGGUGAGGGUUUUAGGCCUAACCCCAUCACUGUCAUCUUAGAAGACAUUGAUGAAUGUCAGGAACUACCUGGCCUGUGCCAAGGAGGAAAUUGUGUCAAUACUUUUGGCAGUUUCCAAUGUGAAUGCCCAGCUGGUUACUACUUGAACGAGGAUACCCGCAUCUGUGAAGAUAUUGACGAAUGCGUAACCUACCCUGUUAUCUGUGGACCUGGAACUUGCUACAACACCUUGGGCAACUACACAUGUGUCUGUCCUCCCGAGUACAUGCAGAUCAAUGGUGGAAACAACUGCAUGGAUAUGCGAAAGAGCUUCUGCUAUCGGCACUACAAUGAAACUUGUGAAAAUGAGCUCUCUUUUAACCUGACCAAGAAAAUGUGCUGCUGUUCAUAUAACGUCGGCAAGGGCUGGAACAAGCCUUGCGAGCCCUGUCCCACACCUGCAACACCUGAAUACCAGUUUCUGUGUGGUAAUCAAGGCCCCGGCUUUACCAUUGAUAUCCACACUGGAAAACCUGUUGAUAUCGAUGAAUGCAGAGAGAUCCCAGGCAUGUGUGCAAACGGAGUCUGCAUCAAUCAAAUCGGUAGCUUCCGCUGCGAGUGCCCAAUGGGCUUCAGCUACAAUAACCUGCUUCUCAUCUGUGAAGAUAUUGAUGAAUGCAGUAACGGUGACAACCUUUGCCAACGCAAUGCAGACUGUAUUAACAUUCCAGGCAGUUAUCGCUGUGAAUGUGCUGCUGGAUACAGACUGGCACCCAACGGAGCUUGUAUUGAUCGCAACGAGUGCCUGGAAAUUCCAAAUGUCUGCAGUCAUGGAGAAUGUAUUGACAUGAAAGGAGGCUAUCGCUGUGUCUGCCACCAUGGUUUCAAGCCAACUCCUGAUCAGACCAUGUGCAUGGAUAUUGAUGAAUGUGAACAGCAGCCUUGUGGAAAUGGAACAUGCAAAAAUACCGUGGGAUCAUACAACUGCGUUUGCUUCCCAGGAUUUGAGCUGACUCACAACAAUGACUGUGUGGAUAUCCAUGAGUGCAUUACUCUCUUCGGUCAAAUUUGUAGGAAUGGCCAAUGCUUCAACACAAUUGGCUCAUUUGAUUGCCUGUGUCAGGAAGGAUAUGAGCUUACACCAGACUCCAAGAACUGUGUCGAUAUCAACGAAUGUGUCCUGUUUCCUGGAACGUGCUCCCCUGGAACUUGCCAGAACCUCGACGGAGCGUACAGGUGCAUCUGUCCCCCAGGAUACCAGCUGCAAAAUGAAAACUGUGUUGAUAUAAAUGAGUGUGAAGAUGACCCCAAUAUCUGCCUCUUUGGCUCGUGCGAGAAUACUGCUGGCAGCUUCCAAUGCGUGUGCCCAGUGGGCUUUAUCCUGUCGGAGAACAGACGCAGGUGUUUUGAUACACGGCAGAGCUUCUGCUACACCAAGUUUGUGAAUGGAAAGUGCUCGGUGCCAAAAGCUUUCAAUACAACCAAAGCCAAGUGCUGCUGCAGCAAGAUGCCUGGAGAGGGCUGGGGCUCCCCCUGCGAGCUCUGCCCGACUGAUGGAGAAGUUGCUUUCCAGGAUCUGUGCCCAUAUGGCCACGGUACCAUCAUUAGCUACGGAGAGUCUCGUGAAGAUGUGAACGAAUGUCAGGAUAACCCUGGCAUCUGUUUAAAUGGCCACUGCAUCAACAUGGAUGGAUCCUUCCGCUGUGAGUGCCCAAUGGGAUACAGCCUGGAUUACAGUGGAAUCAACUGUACCGACACUGACGAAUGUGGCAUCGGGAACCCCUGUGGCAAUGGGACUUGUACCAAUGUGAUUGGUGGAUUUGAGUGCAGUUGCGACGAAGGAUUUGAACCAGGUCCAAUGAUGACUUGUGAAGACAUCAACGAGUGCUCCCAGAACCCCCUGCUGUGUGCAUUCCGCUGCAUUAACACCUACGGUUCUUAUGAGUGCAUGUGUCCCACCGGUUAUGCUCUGAGAGAGGACAAGAAGAUGUGCAGAGACCUCGAUGAGUGUUCGCAAGGUCUCCAUGACUGUGAAUCCAGAGGCAUGAUGUGCAAGAACCUGAUUGGGACUUUUAUGUGUAUCUGCCCACCUGGCAUGGUGCGCAGGCCCGAUGGAGAAGGAUGCAUGGAUGAGAACGAAUGCCGCAGCAAACCCGGCAUCUGUGAAAACGGUCGUUGCCUCAACAUUGUCGGCAGCUACAAAUGUGACUGCAACGACGGAUUCCGAGCGACUCCCACGGGGACGGAAUGUAUCGAUAAUCGCCAGGCCUUCUGCUUCGCAGAGGUCCUUCAGACUAUGUGUCAGAUGUCUUCCAGCAGCCGUAACCUGGUUACUAAGUCUGAGUGCUGUUGUAACGGUGGCCGUGGCUGGGGGAACCAGUGUGACAUCUGCCCACUGCCUGGCACUACCCAGUACAAGAAGCUUUGUCCCCACGGCCCCGGCUACACAACAGAUGGACAAGAUAUUGAUGAGUGUCGGGUGAUGCCUAAUCUGUGUAAAAAUGGCCAGUGUAUCAACACGCUGGGUUCUUACCGCUGCCUCUGCGACAUCGGUUACAUUACGGAUUUCACCAGUACAACAUGUGUGGACCUCGAUGAAUGUGCCCAGUCUCCAAAACCUUGCAAUUUUAUCUGCAAGAACACAGAGGGAAGUUACCACUGCUCCUGUCCAAGAGGCUACAUCUUGCAAGAGGAUGGAAAGACAUGUAGAGACCUUGAUGAAUGUUCCACAAAGCAACACAACUGUCAGUUCCUGUGCGUGAACACUAUUGGAGGAUUUACAUGCAAGUGUCCACCUGGCUUCACACAGCAUCACACCGCAUGUAUUGAUAACAACGAGUGUGCGUCCCAGGCUUCACUGUGUGGAACAAGGGGAAUGUGCCAGAACACACCAGGAAGUUUCAGCUGUGAAUGUCAAAGAGGAUUCUCGCUGGAUGGCACUGGCCUUAACUGUGAAGAUAUGGAUGAAUGUGAGGGAAGUCACAGAUGUCAGCAUGGCUGUCAGAAUAUGUUGGGAGGUUACAGGUGCAGCUGCCCUCAGGGCUACAUGCAGCACUACCAGUGGAACCAAUGUGUUGAUGAAAAUGAAUGUUCGAGUCAGGCUUCCUGUGGAUCUGCAACUUGUUACAACACGCUUGGAAGCUACAAAUGUGCCUGCCCGUCAGGCUAUUAUUUUGACCAGUAUGGCAAUAAUUGCCACGAUGUGAAUGAAUGUUCUUUUCAAGAACCAUGCUCAUAUGGCUGUUCAAACACAGAGGGUGGCUACCUCUGUGGCUGUCCACCUGGAUACUACAGAGUAGGCCAAGGCCAUUGUGUCUCUGGCAUGGGAUUCAACAAGGGCCAGCAUCUGCCUUUCGGAGGAGACACUGAUGAUGAGAAUCUGUUGUCUCAUGAAACUUGCUACGAAUGUAAGAUCAACGGCAGGGCAAGACGAAGUGUCAAUGGGAGUGAGACUGAGCAGGCAAAACAGAUCAGUAUGGCUAGUCUGGACAUCGACAUUCCAGUCAAGAUGAGCCUGAACAUUUCAGAAUUGAACAACAAAGAGCACAUUUUAGAACUCAUCCCAGCCAUUGAGCCACUACAUAACCAUGUCCGCUACACCAUCUCCUAUGGAAAUGAGGACAGCUACUUCCGCAUCCACCAGAAGGAAGGUCUAAGUUACCUGCAUGUGACCAAGAAGAGGCCUGUGGAAGGCACUUACACACUGGAAAUCACCAGUAUUCCUCUGUAGAAACAAGCACUGCAGAAACUGGAAGAUUCUAAAGACAAUGACUACCCCUUUGGCGAGUUGGGAGAAGCUCUCAAGAUGAAGCUACAGAUUGAGCUUCACUGAACUGGCUGAGACUUACAUGGUGUUAAUUCAAAAUUAUUCCUUCAUAUAUUAUUCUCCUUCCCCCACCCCCCCACACACUCACACACACCUACCCUUCAUCCCCCCCCACAAGCACCUCUGCUUUCAAAAAGCUUUCACGAGUCAAGAGCUUCAAGUCUCCUGUAUGGAUGUCUUGACUUUACAUUCUGUCCAAGACUGCAUGACCCUUUUUACACAUUGAAGGGUUUUUAGACACUGCCAUGUUUAAAGGUAUUUUAAUAUAACCACAAUCAUGGUUACUGUAUAUUUAAUAUCACCUCAGUCUUCUCAGUCAGUCAGUAAGCUCAUAUUUUACAUGAGAAUGCGUGUGAGAGAUGUAAAUGGCUUCUAGUAAUGUAGAGCAAUAGCAACAUAUUGAGCCAUUUCUCUGGAUUACAGAUCAUAUUAUCUAACUGUUCAUAUCAUAUUAAUUGGUAUAAGCGAUGCUCAGUCAGACUGUACUGUACACAAUAGGGCAUUCUCAGAGGAACCACUUUAAUCACCACAACCUUUUUUUCCAGUGGUGCAAUACAACAGAUUAAUAACUGGUAUCAAAGCAUAAGCCAUAAUGAAUUGUGUUUCUUCAGUAAUGCAUUUAAGUACAGCGUUGAAGCACAUACUUGUACUUUUCUCAUUACGGAAGACUGGUGCUAAUGAUAUCUAUUUUAUCAGGGUCAGCAAGCUACAACCAAAUCAGUUUUUAUCAGUAUUGAAUCUCUGUGUUCCAGUACAUCAUGAUUUGUGCAGCAUUUUACAGUAUGUUUCAUGUUCUCGAUGCAUUUCAUGUAUGAAAGGUUAAUGUCUGCACAUUGAAUGCCUACUAGUUGCUAAUGUGAAGAUUGUAAAGUCUUCUCUUUUUUAUAUACUGUACAAAUGUUUUCUAUAUCAGGGGUAUUUCAUUGGUGCUUGUCAACAAUUGGUACUUGUAAAAAAAUAAUAAAACGAGCAAAAAAAAAACAAUUUGGACUUAAAGUUAGAUUCUCCCAGUUUAUAACACCCAGGAAAUGAGCCUCAUUUUGAUAAAUAUGUGUUUUGUCCAAAGAUGUAUUUUCCUUUUCUAUUGAAGAUUUCUGAGCACAACUAUUUUGAAAUAUGCCAUCUUUUGUUAGAAGGGAGAAAAAAAGAUUUGUAUAAAAUUCUAAAAAAAAACUGAAGAAAGAACAUUUCUUACUGGGAUGCUUUAUUCUGUAGAUUUUUUUUGAGUGUCAUUAUGCAACAACGUUUCGUACAAUAAAGCUUAUUAUUUUGGGUUAUAUAGA